CACAACGGCACUGUGGUGGAAAUUUUUCUUCACUUUACCGACCCGCCUGACGUUUUUGCUGUCCUAGGAAUCUAGGCAUGCCACUACUAUUGCCGUAAGUAGGAGCCCGAGUGCGGCAUUAAUCCUUGUUUAGGGUUAGGAGUUAGGACAGGAAAGCAGCCGAGUUCCUCUGCGGAUCUUAUACUUAUAGCCCGUACUAGUAAGCGAUGACGAGCAUGAUAACAGCGGCACAGGCCGUGCUCGCGGGGCUGGAGUAGCACAGGAUGUUAAAGCCAUCGUCUCUUAUUUUCAGAAGCUUUAUAACGAUGGCGAGCGCGAUGGAAGCAGCGCAGUCGGUGCUCGCGGCGUUCGACACGUCCGUGUCGUGGCAAUGGCGCCAUUGACGAGGACCGCCAGUGACAAUCAUUAACCUCAAACCGUUCCUUCUACUUAGACAGGAAAAUCGCUGUUAGUUAAGAGCGCUGAACCCAAUGGAGAGCACGAUGGAGGCGGCGCAGGCGGUGCUGGCAGCGUUCGACGCGUCCUUCUCGCGGCAGACUCGCGAAUAGCUCGGCAGUGACCGGCAGUGACCACCAUUUGCGUGAAUUGCUCGCCUUAGCAGCCACAAAAGCAGUACUUAGCUAAGAGACUAUUAGCGACCUAUGGCGAGCACGAUGGAAGCCGCGCAGGCGGUGCUGGCGGCGUUCGACACGUCGUUGUCGCGGCAGUGGCGCGACGAGGACCGCCGGUGGCGCGCGCAGGACCGCCAGUGGCGCGCGGACGACCUGGCGUUCCGCGAGGAGGAGCGCAGAUGGUUUGGGGAAGAGGCGGAAAUGCGGAGCGCGGAAGUGAGGUGGCGAGAGGAGGACAUGAACCAACGCCACGUGGACAAUGCAAGAUACCUCUGGGCCAGGUUUGUCGAGAAGAACCGGCGAGACGUUGAGGAGAAGUCGGAGCAGCUCAAGGCGAUCUCGAACCUCGCAGCGCUGUUUGCUGGCUUCGCUGUAGUCACACUCACGCAGUUCCAAGUCACUCUAGACUCCUCCCCCUUGUGGAUGAUUGCCCUCUACGGUGUUCUCACUGCAAUCACGCUACCCAACUGGGACGAUACAGGAGAUAUCCCAGUGGAGACACUCGCACGAUUCGAGAAGGACGUGAAGCGGACCGACACCGGGUUCCUGGCGAUAGCAACAGAGGUGGAAGACGGCAAGGAGAAGAUCUCGGAACUUCCAGGAAAAAUCAAGGAAUUGCUGAAGGAGUUCCAAGACAUUCUUCCUGACGACCUACCGAACGAGCUACCGCCAUACCGCACACAUCAACAUGAGAUCGUGGAGGAACCAGGUUCGAAGCCGACCUUCCGAGCACCAUACCGGCUAAGUCCUACGGAGCUGACCGACAUGAAGAAACAAAUCGAGUAUCUCCUGGCCAAAGGACUCAUCCGACCAUCUACUUCACCAUACGGUGCCCCAGUACUCUUCACCCCGAAACCGGACGGAAGCCUGCGCAUGUGCAUCGACUACCGAGCUCUUAACAAGCAGACCAUCAAGAACAAAUAUCCGAUACCGCGAAUCGAUGACCUGCUUGACCAGCUUCGGGGAGCUACGGUAUUUUCCAAACUGGAUCUGCGGUCCGGAUACUGGCAAAUACGGAUGGCGGACAACUCUAUCCACAAAACUGCUUUUCGAACUCGGUACGGAUCGUACGAGUAUUUGGUCAUGCCGUUCGGACUCACCAACGCACCGGCAACGUUCCAAGCCGAAAUGAACCACAUUCUACGACCACUUCUGGACGAGUGCGUGGUGGUGUACCUGGACGACAUACUCAUCUACUCACGCGACAUGAAGCAGCACGUCGAACACCUGCGACGCGUCUUCGAAAUUCUUCGACGAGAACGAUUCUACGUCAAACUGUCCAAGAGCGAAUUCGCCCUGGAGAAAGUCCAAUUUCUAGGACACUUGGUGAGCGCUCAAGGAGUUCACGUCGACCCCAAGAAAGUCGAAGCCGUACGUACGUGGAAGACACCCGAGAACGUGAAGGAGUUGCAGCAGUUCCUAGGCUUCGCUAAUUACUAUAACAGGUUCGUGCCACAGUAUGCGAAACUCGCGGCACCACUCACGAAUCUGCUGAAGAAGAACACGCCCUACAAAUGGGAGACGAAGCACCAGGAAGCCGUGGAGCAGCUGAAACAAGCACUAACGUCCGCACCGGUGCUCAUCUUGCCAGAUCCCGAACGCGACUACGUAAUCGAAGCUGACGCCAGCGACCAGGCAGUGGGAGCAGUCUUGAUGCAAGACCAGGGGAAUGGACUGCAACCAAUUGCCUACCUCAGCAAGAAACUGCACGGGGCAGAACUCAACUACCCGAUACACGACAAAGAGGCUCUUGCUAUCGUCAUCGCCUUCAAAGCGUGGAGAUGCUAUCUCGAAGGACGAAGAACGACCGUCUACACCGACCACUGCAGCCUGAAAUACUUGAAGACACAACCCAACCUUUCCAGGCGGCAGGUCCGGUGGAUCGACUUCCUCGAGACACACUUCCACUACGACAUCGUGUACAAGCCCGGCCACAAGAACAAAGCAGACGCUCUCAGCCGGCCUGCACACGUUGCCGCGAUUCAGAUCGAAGGGAUGAAUCCACUACUCAAGGGACUCUUCACCCACGGGUACGCCAUCGACCCCGACAUUCCCUUGGCAGAAAGGCGACAUCUGCUACAGUGGGACAAUAACAUCGCAUACCGGAAGGGAUCCACAAAAAUCUGGGUACCCAAUUACCCUCCUUUGCGCCAGUUACUACUCGAAGAAUAUCACGACGUCCUCUACGCCGGACACUUCGGUAGCAACAAGACGCUCACCGGUAUCGCCAAACACUACUACUGGCCCCAUAUGGCAGACGACGUCCAGAAAUUCGUCACCUCGUGUGAUACAUGUCAGCGGAUGAAGAGCAGCAAGCAGAAAAAGGCGGGACUACUGCAGCCUCUUCCUGUCCCAGAACAACCAUGGCAAGUGGUUAGCCUAGAUUUCAUCACCGGGUUACCACCUACCUCCAGCGGUCAUGACGCCAUCCUUGUCGUCAUUGACAAGUUCUCCAAAAUGGGACACUUCAUCCCGACACACACGACGGCACGCACCGAGGAGACAGCACAGCUCUUCGUUCGUCACAUCAUCUCACAGCAUGGCAUUCCAACAACACUCAUCUCCGACCGAGACCCCAAGUUCACCAGCAAGUUCUGGAAGGAACUCAUGUCUCUGCUCGGCACCAAACUCGCCAUGUCAUCCGCAUACCAUCCGCAGACAGACAGACAGACCGAGCGCCUCAACCAAAUUGUUGAGCAACUCCUCCGAGCAGCCUGCAAGGACGACAUCUCCAAAUGGGACUUGCACCUGCCCGUUCUCGAGUUUGCUUACAACAAUGCUACACAUGCCGCUACUGGACAGACGCCGUUCUUCCUCUGCUACGGACGCCACCCACUCACACCACAGAAACCGACAAUAUCAGCUACAGUCCAACCAGCACAUGAUUUCAUCACAACCAUGCAUCAACUUUGGGAUCGGACCCAUAAGCGCCUCCUUGACAUUCAACAGCAACAAAAGCGCCAAGCCGAUCGCCAUCGCAACGAUCACACCCUCACGGUGGGGGACCAGGUGCUUCUCGACACCCGUAACCUGGACAUCAGCCAUCUCCCAUCUAAACUUCGACCUCGCUUCUGCGGGCCUUUUCUCGUUGAAGCACAGGUCACUCCUGUUACCUUCCGCUUACGCCUACCAGCUACCUGGAAGAUUCACAACGCCUUCCACGUCCAACUUCUGAAGCCCUAUCGGGACCCGAACACAAUUUUCGUCGGACGCCAGCCGCCGCCGCCGCCGCCCGUCCUCGUCCAGAACGAACCCGAGUACGAGGUCGAGUCCGUGCUUGCACAUCGUCGUCGUCGGAAUGGCACCGUGGAGCUUCUCAUCCGUUGGAAGGGUUAUGAUCCUUCUGAGGACAGCUGGGUACCUGAGUCCGACAUGGGUAACGCCCGUCGUCCUCUGCAUGACUACCUUGUCAAGCAGGAGGAAUCGGACGCCAUUGAGGAGGAGGGGAAGGAAGGGGGGGGGGGGGGGGAGGAGGAGGAAAAGGGAAAGGAGGAGGAAAAGGGAAAGGAGGAGGAAAAGGAAAAGGAGGAGGAAAAGGAAAAGGAGGAGGAAAAGGAAAAGGAGGAGGAAAAGAGAAAGGAGGAGGAAAAGAGAAAGGAGGAGGAAAAGAGAAAGGAGGAGGAAAAGAGAAAGGAGGAGGAAAAGAGAAAGGAGGAGGAAAAGGGAAAGGAGGAGGAGAAGGAUAGGUGCGCGGAGCGCAGCUCCAAGGAGGAUGCGGCGACCGGCUGCACGCCGCCGGUGUGCCUGCACACAGUGGCCAUGGUGCAGUGCACGCUCAUUAUGGGGAGCAUUCUCAAGAACGGCAAGGCGUAUGUGGACGAGGAGGCAGAGGAGGAGUUCAUGUUCCGCUGCCUGCUCUUCGUCCGCUCCUUCUCUCUCGGGGACCGCCCCCCGGCCCCCCGGCGCACGUUUGAGGCGUUCUGGGAGUACAGGUGUGAAGAUGAUUGGCGCAAGGCAUUCAACUACUUCACAUGGGGAAUCUUCUCGUUUCUCCUCAGCCUCAUUCCUAUUGGUUGGAUUAAGUUCAACUUCUCAUCGUUCAUCCCAGCAGUCUUCAUGGCUAUUGUCGUCUGCUCCAUGGCUCUCUGGGCCUACCAGCAGGUGUCAUGGGGAGCCUACCUCACCAAGGGGCGCCGCCACUUUGACUCGCUCCUCUCUGACGCCGAGGCCUUCAGAGUGCGACCCUCCGGGCUGCCCUUUGACUGGCACAUUGCGCCGGAGGCUUCUAGAAAACGCAGCUCUGCGCAUAAAACGGGGGGUGGGAGUGGGAGAGAGGGGGUGUCAUCGAGCGAUGCAGCGUCAACAGGUUUGACCGAGUCCAAUUCGGCUUCGCGGCGUGGGAAGCGGGUCGAAAACGAUUCACAGGGGAGGGGAAGGGAGGAAAGGGACGAGCGGGCGAUCAAACAAGAAGGGAAGGAUGUUCCUGUCCACGAGAGCAUUGGUGCUCUUGGUGGGGGAAGUGCGCCUCUGACGAAUCCAGUCUCGGUAACUGGUCAGGAGAAGCCGUUACUUAAUGGCGGUGCUGGGGAUGCUAGAACAUACCCUGUGGGUGAUGACACUGGUGAUACGGCCUUGACUUCGACCAGUGGCGCCGGUGGUGAAGGUCUGGGUCAGCUCAAGAGUGCCACUGGUGGUGUAGGUUUGAGGCGCCUCAAGAGUGGCACUGGUGGUGGUGGUGAUGCGCCUCUUGCUCUGAGUGCGAGCGAUGUCAAGCAGCUUCAACAUGCCGGUAGUAGCAGGUGUGAGAUCAGUGAGGUGCAGGAGUGAAAGAGUUGCUGUGGGGUUCUUUCAUCCAACUGUACAAAAGUAUCACAAUCACAACAAUCCAGUCCAGGAUUAGUAGUACAUGUACAAUGUACAAGUGCACCCCCUUAGUACUACCGGUCGAUAGGUCGGGGUACGCAGGCCAAUCAGCUAAUGCAAGUGAGGCGGGUGAUUUGCCAGCAUUCUUGCCUUGUCCCCAGUGACUCUUAGAUACAACCCACUCCAUAUCUCCUCUCCUGUAUGUCAACAAACAUAUAUUCUGUAUAGACACAUAUCUAGUUAGUUUAUAUAUGUUUGUUAUAGCCUAGCUAGAUCAGUUCUUAGAGGGGACAAUAUUUGUACUUGUAUCUUCCCUCCCCUCUUCCUAGCCACAC